ACUAUUCAUUUCAUUUUUAAUCAGAGUAAAAUAAAUUGGUAGUUUUGUUUGUUUUUUCGUGAUAAUGGAUAAUAUUACGGGAUUUCGUUUCACACCGUUGCCAGUUGAUUCACCUUAUGUGAAACCAUUCCGAAUGUAUUACACUCAGAAUGGUAAGGAAAAGAAUUGGGAUAUGCUAAAAGUUCAUGAUAGUGUUGCAAUUAUCAUUCUGAAUAAAACUAGAAAUAAUUUGGUGCUUGUCCGACAAUUCCGACCAGCUGUUUAUUAUGGAAUAAUACAGUCCGAUCCAAUGUAUGACAAAGCAGAUGCAGAAAUUCUACUUAAAAAGUAUCCCGUUAGUUUAGCAUUUACAAAUGAAUUAUGUGCAGGCAUUGUGGACAAAUCAAAACCACUUAUUGACAUUGCACGAGAGGAAAUUCUCGAAGAGUGCGGCUAUGAUGUGCCUGUCGAUAGAAUCGAACUUGUGAUGACGUAUAGAGCGGGCGUUGGAACCGAAGGCUGCCAACAAACUUUGUACUACUGCGAAGUGACUGAUGCAGAUAAAGUGAACAGUGGCGGUGGCGUUGAAGAUGAAAUUAUUGAUGUUGUAGAACUAACAAUUGAUGAGGUUCGAGAUAUGCUGAAGCCGGGUACUACUAACAAUUCACCACCAAGCUGUUUAUUCGGACUUUCUUGGUUUCUCGCAAAUAAAUUGCCACAAUAAACAAUUGCCCAUCCACACAAA